UUGAUUCUAGUAAAAAGUCGAAUCGAAUAUAAGUGCCUGAAUUCGAUUUAAAUGCGGUAUAUGUUCGCCGCACCUUCAAAGCCUGUGGCAUGACCAAAGAUGCGUUUUUUUUCAGUAAUAUGUUGUAAAAAAUUGACUGACAUUAAACGAGUAAUUAAAAAUAUGAAAAGGUCAAUUAUUUGCAUUAAAUCUAGCAUAAAUGGGGUUAUUUUUAUAUAAAUGUACUGUAGAAAAUAGAUAAAAAUAAUUGUUUAACAAUUGUUCGUCAAUAUUUUUCGAUAUACGAAUUAUUCGAUAAAUUGUCAACAUGAUGGGCAUUCUGUCAAAUAUUCAUUCAAAUGAUCAUCAACGCCUGAAAUCAUUCCAAAUUUUCGGAUAUAUUGAAUAAAUAGCAUCGCUUAUCUUAAUCCAUGAGUCAUGUUACAAUGUAGGCGUAACAAUGAGUACCUUAAAACAUAAAAUAUGUAUGGUCUCUGAUUUCUUUUAUCCUAACAUGGGUGGUGUGGAAGAACAUAUUUUUAAUUUAUCCCAAUGUUUAUUGGGAUUUGGACACAAGGUUGUUGUGCUUACCCAUUCGUACGGUGAUAGAAUUGGAGUACGUUACAUGACAAAUGGCCUGAAAGUAUAUUAUAUACCGGUAAAGGUAUUUUAUAAUCAGUGCGUUCUACCAACAAUGAUUUGUUCAAUUCCUCUUAUUAGAUAUAUCUUUAUAAGGGAAGAAAUUCAGAUAGUACACGGCCAUUCUGCAUUCUCUGCUCUUGCUCAUGAGGGGAUGUUAAUUGGUCGAUUAAUGGGACUGAAAACUACUUUCACAGAUCAUUCGCUCUUUGGUUUCGCUGAUGCAUCUGCUAUCUUAACAAAUAAAUUCCUAGAAAUAUCAUUAUCUGAUUGCAAUCAUUGUAUAUGUGUAUCCCAUACUGGAAAAGAAAAUACUGUAUUAAGAGCAAACGUUCUGAAAGAGAAGGUUUCUGUUAUUCCAAACGCAGUAGAUACCACCUUAUUCAUGCCUGAUACUGCUAAACGAGAUGAUAAUUUUAUUACGAUAGUCAUAGUAUCCCGCUUAGUAUAUCGCAAAGGUGUGGACUUAUUAGCUCGCAUUAUACCCGAUAUUUGUAGUCGAUACGACAACGUGCAAUUUCUAAUUGCUGGAGAUGGUCCUAAGAGAUGGCUGAUAGAAGAGGUGCGAGAAAGAAACUUGUUACAGCAUAGAGUUACGUUACUUGGGAGUUUGGAACAUUCUCAAGUCAGGCAUGUUUUGAAUAAAGGGCAUAUAUUCCUCAACACAAGUUUAACCGAAGCUUACUGCAUGGCAAUUGUUGAAGCAGCAGCAUGCGGUUUACAAGUUGUUUCAACAAAAGUUGGUGGUAUACCCGAAGUACUGCCUGAAGAUUUAAUUUAUUUAGUAGAACCUACAGUGCAGGCCCUCAUCGAAGGACUGGAAUUAGCAAUAAAAGAUUACAGAGAAGGCAAUACUAAAUGUCCAUUUGAAAUGAAUAAAAGAAUAAGUUUAUUUUAUAAUUGGUUUAAUAUCACCAAAAGAACCGAGAUAGUCUAUGAUCUGGUAAAGAAAGAAAGUAAAAUGAAUUUAGGUGAACAAUUAGCUAAUUAUGUUCGAAGCGGUGUAUUAGCAUACCUGCUGGUGGUAUCUUUGUGCUAUAUUAUUUUACAAAUUUUAGAAAUCGUUGUUCCAAGAAAGUACAUUGAUAUUGCGAAAGAUUACAUCGAGAUCAACGUUAUACAGUCUCAGGGAGAACGAAAAGAAGAUUAGUAUUUUAUUUAUUUUAUACGAUAUACAAUGAAAUUUGAACUGAAAUUUCGUUUUACUGAUAUGUAUUUUAUAUGCCAAAACAUUCCUAUCAGUGUCACAAAGAACAGUUUAAUGUUCAUUAAUAUAAUUAUCAUUUGUUUGAUAAAACAUUUUAAUACUGUAUAAAGAUGUAUGUAUAAAAAAGUGAAAUACACCGUCGAAAGUACAAAUAUAAUUGUUAAUAAAAAUUAAA